UUCUGGUCGUCUAGCAGUAGUGAUCAUCACGAGGUGCCCAUGCAUUUGCCUGCACAGAAUAACCUGAGGGAGCACGUCUUACUUCGAUGAAGGGUUCGCUUCACUAAAAAGUUUUUGCAUGCGGGAGCACCUGCUGCAUGCCACACUUAUCGCGAUAUCGCAAACCGUUGUUAUUGCUUUGGCGUGGUUUUUCAAUUUGACGUUACCUUUUUAUGUUUAAUUUGCGAGAUGGAGUGCCGUGUCCUGUCUAUUCAGAGUCACGUGGUCCGGGGAUACGUAGGGAACAAAUCGGCUUCAUUCCCGUUGCAGGUUCUUGGGUUUGAAGUUGACUCGAUCAACUCAGUGCAGUUCUCCAAUCACACAGGUUACGCCCACUGGAAAGGACAAGUGCUAACAGCAGAGGAGCUCAACGUGCUAUAUGAGGGCAUCAAACUCAACAAUGUCAAUCACUAUGACUACGUGCUCACCGGCUACAGCAGGGAUGUUUCCUUCCUGGAGAUGGUGGUCGACAUUGUUGCAGAGCUGAAGAAAGCCAAUCCCAGUUUGGUGUACGUUUGUGAUCCAGUUAUGGGGGACCACGGAGCUAUGUAUGUUCCUGAGAUGCUACUGCCUGUGUACAGAGACAAAGUGGUACCCGUUGCCAACAUCCUCACACCUAACCAGUUUGAGGCAGAGUUGUUAACGGGAAGGAAGAUGAAAACGGAAAAGGAUGCUGUUGAGAUCAUGGACCUGCUUCAUAAGAUGGGACCAGAGACGGUGGUUCUCACCAGCACAGACCUGCACUCAAAGCUGGGGGACCCGUACCUGGUGGUACUUGGUAGUCAGAGGAUAGUGAAACCGGACGGGAGCAGCAGCAGCCAGAAGAUUCGGAUGGACAUCCCCAAAGUGGAUGCAGUGUUUGUGGGAACGGGCGACCUGUUUGCAGCCAUGCUCCUGGCCUGGACCCACCACCACCCCAAGGACCUGAAGGCGGCCUGUGAGAAAACGGUCUCCUUAAUGCAUCACGUCAUUAAAAGGACCAUUACCUACGCCAACGAGAUGGCUGGCCCUGGGAAGAAACCCAGCCCUGCCCAGCUGGAGCUUCGGAUGGUCCAGAGCAAGAAGGACAUUGAAGAUCCGGCCCUCGUAGUGGAGGCUACAGUUUUAUAAAAUAGAAAAAGCCGUCAAGAAGGAUGUUCACGCACCAUUACGGUUGUGUCGGUUCAGAAAACUGGAUUUACUGCUGACUGAUUGGGACACACACACACACACACACACACACACACACACACACACACACACACACACACACACACACACACACACACACACACACACACACACACACACACACACACACACACACACACACACACACACACACACACACAGAUCUCUACAUGUUGGAACUGUUACGCCUUAUACGUUUACUUCAAGAGCACAACAAUGUUUUCAUGAGGUAAGCAGGAUUCGAAGUGUGUUGUACGUUUCCCACAAACGCACCCUGUUUCGUAACACACUAAUUCAAUUUAGAAAUGACGAUAGAGAUUACAUGUGCUUGUAAUAAUUUUAUCACCACACCCCUAGUCUUUCUUUACGUCUUCCAAAUCGUUGGCUGUAUCGGUAUGAUUGUUGAUCCUAUGGCAGAACUGUUUACGGUGAAUGAUCAUUAAUAAUCCUAUUUCAGUUCAAUUUUAGGGCACAAUAGUAUUUUUGUAACUAAAAUUGUUUAUAAAGGUGGAAAAUAGAUAAUGCCUAUGCUUUGGUUUUACAAUAACUCCAUCGAGUUGUCCCUUCUCCAUUUGUAUGCAAUGAUUUCUACAAUGUCGGAUAAACUUGUCAAAUGUUAAGAUGUCUUAAUAGUUGGAAAUGGAAUUUUGCACAGAUAUUCUAGAAGAUAUGAAUUAUGCUGUCGGUUUUAAUUUUUUAACUAGAAAAAAUAAUUAUUGACUGCGUGAAAGGCCAUGUGUAAUGCUCUCAAACUGGCUUAGUGAGGAACUACAGUUGUAAUGAAUGAUUUUGAAUGCAAAUAUACUGUGCACCAAAUGUAGAAGUGCCAAACCAUGAGUUGCUGCUCUAAUACAUGAGUCAAGAUGAUUAUAAAGUAAUAAACUAAUGUUUAAUUUAUAA